GAACAACCUCUGUCUGAAAAACCCUGGAGCAUUGCUCCAGUCAGAGUAGACAUUACUGUGCUAGAUGGGCCAAUGGCCUGACUCUGUCGUAUAAGGCAGCUUCCUGUUUUCCUAAGAUCUUGUACAGUACUUGUUCUGAAAGCCAAAGAACAGAGUCUGAGCAACCAAAGAAGAGAGUCUGAGCAACAUGAUCAGUGAGUCACACAGCUAAUGAUAAGCCCUCUGACAAAAGAACACAGAGAUAGGUGUGACACACCUAAGAGAAAAGUGUCUCAGUGGAUGAGAGUGCUGGGGAUGAUACAUGAAGAGAGGCAGCUGGACAGAACUGGGGAGUUCUUGGGAAAGGCAGCUCCAAAUCCAGAACUGGAAGCAGUUAUAAGGCAGUACGUCUUGAUAGUGCCUGCAGUACUGCAAAACAGUGUUUCCAAUGAAGCCUGUGUGCAGCUCUUGAACCUCAAUGAGACAGUCUCCCUCAGUGUUGUGCUGGAAUACAAGAAGAAUGACUCUGCUCUUUGGAAGGGGACUGUGGACAAGACUGCCUUCUCCCACUGCUUCAGUUUUGAGGUUCCUCCUGCUGCUGCUGACCCUCUAGGUUUCAUAGUUUUAUCUGUCAAAGGCUCCUCAGUCAGCUUCCUAGAAAGGAGGUCUGUGGCUAUUCGAAACAUAAGUACAACUACCUUUAUCCAGACAGAUAAGCCGAUCUACAGACCUGGCCAGAAAGUGAUGUUUAGAGCAGUUACUCUGGAUAUUAAUUUCCGGCCAGUUAAUAAAAUGUUUCCCUUGAUAUAUGUGCAGGAUCCUCAAGGCAAUCGGAUUCUUCAAUGGCAGAAUCAAAUGUCUUCCCGCUACAUCCUCCAGUUAGAGUUUGAACUAUCUCGCUUUCUAAACUUGGGAAAUUAUCAGAUCAUUGUUGAGGAUACAUCUACAUCAUCUACCAGUCAAUGGGUCAGAGUUGAAGAAUAUGUGCUACCACAGUAUGAAGUAACAAUCAAGGCACCACAGAGGAUUUCUCCUUUUGCUGAAGAAUUCAAAGUAGACAUCUGUGCUGUGUAUAACUAUGGCCAACCUGUCCAGGGAACAGCUCAGCUCAGAGUGUGUAGACAACACUAUUACAAUCCAAGAUGCAAUGAAGAUUCCAGUGGGAUUUGUGAAGCUGAUAGUGCAAAGCUGGGCAAAGAUGGCUGCAUCUCUAGGCUGAUCAGCACUAAAGCGUUCCGUCUUUAUGCAAAUCAGGGUGUGAAUCGUUACUUUUUCAUGUCCCUUCAAGUUGAGGGAGUCGUCACAGAGAAUGGAACAGGUGUCCAGAUCUCCAGCUCCAGCUACAUCUCCGUCUACCAAGCGAGGAAAACCAUAAUUUUAAAUAACUUAAAUAGCUACUAUAAAAGAGGAAUUCCUUACACUGGACAGAUCCAGCUGAGAGAUGAGAAUGAAGUGCCAAUUGCAAAUGGGCUUAUCAACCUACAACUCAAUGGAGAAGUUGUGGCUAACUACACUACAGACCAGAAUGGCAUUGCUAAUUUCUCCAUCAAAACUUCUGACCUUCAUGAGCCUUCCUAUAAGUUGAAAGCUGUCUAUCAAUCAGAUCAAUGCAGUGACGAUUGGUGGCUGGAAACAAACAACGUAGAAACCUAUGAACAUUCCAUAGGGCGCUUUUUCUCCCGGACUAACAGCUAUAUGCAGAUAGAGCCUGUGUUGGAGGAACUGAAAUGUGACCAGCAAAGACCUGUCACUGUGCAUUAUAUCCUGAACAAAGAUCAAGAUGGGGAUAUGAGGACCUCCCUAGUUAACUUCUAUUAUGUUAUGAUAACCAAAGGCAAAAUUGUUGAAGGUGGUAAAAAGCAAGUCCACAUUCAAACUGGACGAUAUGGCAGAUUUUCACUCCCACUAAGCAUUAGUCAGAAGCUGGCUCCAAGAACAACCUUGUUGGUUUACACCCUGCAUGAUGAGUUGGUGGCUGAUAGUAUCUCUUUUGUGGUUGAAAGGUGCUUCAGAAACCAGGUCAGUCUGCAGCUCUCAGAGAAGCAAGUACUCCCUGCAUCCAAUGUCGGCCUCUACCUCAGUGCUGCUGCCAAUUCCUUAUGUGCCUUGAGAGCUGUGGACAAGAGUAUCCUGCUGUUGAGUCCUGGAGCAGAUCUGACUCCUGAGAGUGUGUACUACCAGUUUCCUUACCUUGACUCUUAUGGUUAUUACUAUAACGGGCUGAACCUGGAAGACUACCCUGAAGAGCCAUGUGUUAAGCAGAAAAACACCUUUUUUGAUGGCAUGUACUACAUACCUGUGAAUGUUACCAACGAUGGGAGUGUCUUUGAUAUUUUCAGGAACCUGGGACUCAAGGUUUUCACCACCUCUAAACUACAGAAGCCUGUUGUGUGCAAGGAUGAUUUUGAGUGCAAGAGAAUCUCCACCACUGAGAAACCUGAUGUAGGAAUUGAAAGCAAGGGAGGUGCUGCUUUUGGUGACCGUUUUGGUGCUACAAUUGAGACAGUGAGGACUUAUUUUCCUGAAACUUGGAUCUGGGAUUUGGCUCCGGUUGGUACUACUGGUAUGACCAAUCUCUCUUAUACUGUGCCCGAUACUAUCACGGAAUGGGAAGCCAACGUGUUCUGUGUGAAUGACAAAGUUGGAUUUGGCAUCUCGAGACCUGCUUCCUUGAGAGUUUUCCAGCCAUUCUUUGUUGACAUGAGUAUGCCCUAUUCAGUGAUCCGAGGGGAAAUCUUCUCUCUUAAAGCCAAUGUCUUCAAUUACCUGAAUGGGUGCAUUGAGAUAAGUGCUGUACUAGGAGAGUCCCCAGAUUACAAAGCAGAAAAUCUGUCAUCAGGCGGCUUUGCAAGGAUAUGUGCUAAUGAAAGAAAAACCUAUACCUGGACAAUUACCCCUCAGAAGCUGGGUUCAGUAAAUUUCACAGUUACUGCUGAGGCCAAACCAAGUGAGCUGAGUGUGGGAAGAAGAGACACAAUUGUCAAGCCACUUCUGGUUGAGCCUGAAGGCAUCAAGAAGGAAGUGACCCAGAGCUCUUUCCUCUGUACAAAUGACACAACAAUUAGUGAAUCAGUGACCAUAAAGUUGCCUGAAAAUGUGGUGCAAGGAUCAGCCAGAGCCUCCUCUACUGUCCUUGGUGAUGUUCUUGGCACAGCCUUGAGGAGCGUGGAGAAUUUGCUCAAGGUGCCCUAUGGAUGUGGAGAGCAGAAUAUUGCCAUGUUCCUGUCCAAUUACAUCAUAUUGGACUAUCUGAAUAAGACAAACCAGCUGACAGAAGAGAAAAGAUCCAGGAUCACUGGAUUCUUAUCUUCUGGAUACCUGAACCAACUAGCAUUCAAACUCUCUGAUGGAUCCUUCAGUACUUUUGGCAGCAGGGAUGCAAAAGGAAACCUUUGGCUCACUAGCUUAGUCUGCAAAGCAUUUGCACUGAGCAGGAACUCCAUAUAUAUAGAUUCAGAUAUCCUGUCCCAAGCUGUUAUCUGGAUUGCAAGCCAACAAGAGUCAGAUGGCAGCUUUCUACCAACGGGGAACAUCUACAAUAAUGCCUUAGAGAUGGAUGGAACAGAUGAAAAAGUUGUACUUACAGCCUUUAUAACCGCAUCUCUGCAGGAGACGGGACUUCCCAGUGCGUAUUCGGUGGUGAAAAAUGGUCUCUCCUAUUUGGAUGCUGUUAUGAACAAUAAUGUUGAGAGCACCAUGGAAAAGGCUUUCCUGGCCCAUGCAUUUUGCUUAGCUGGCAGAGUGGAGCACUGUGCAUCUCUCCUGGAGAACUUGAAAGCAUCUGCUCGCAAAGAUGGUGGUUUGGUGUCCUGGGAAAGAGCAAAGAGACCCAGAGCAGAAAACGUGCCCUCCUUCUAUUCUCGUGCUUCAUCUGCUGAGGUUGAGAUGAACAGCUACAUACUUCAGGCCUUGCUCAGGAAGCCCAACAUAUCCAAGGAGGACAUGAUGUUUAACGCACACCUUGUACGGUGGAUUUUGAGGAAUCAGAACUCCAAUGGAGGCUUCACUUCGAGUCAGGAUUCACCUGUGGCUCUCCAAGGUUUAUCGCAGUUUGGGAUCCUCACCUUCAGAAAAAACAUUCAAAAUACAGCACGUAUCAGCGGUGAGGGAUCUUUCAGUAAGGUUUUCCAGGUGAACCGUGAAAACAGCAUUCUGCUGCAGCAAGCUGCAUUGCCCAAAGUCCCAGGGAACUACAGUGUGGAGGUGACUGGCUCUGGAUGUGUCUACAUACAGACAACCCUAAACUACAACGUCCUCCUGCCUACACAGGCUUCUGGGUUUGCUCUGGCUGUGGAGACAAGAAAUGCUUCCUGUACAGGCAACUUCCUGCCCAGAUUUGUCCUUGUCCUGACAAUGAAGUACACUGGAAUACGCAACACAUCUAACAUGGCCAUUCUUGACAUAAAGAUGCUGUCUGGCUUUGUCGUGGUCCCUUCAUCUCUACAAAAGCUUCAGAAGAAAGUGAUGCGCACAGAAACUAGGAAUGACCAUGUGAUGUUAUAUCUGGAGUCUGUAUCAGCAAAGCCAAUUACUCUGUCAAUCACUGUAGAAGAAAGCCAUCCUGUGGCCAACAUGAAGCCAGCUGAAGUUCGUAUCUAUGAUUAUUAUGAAACAGAUGAGUAUGCGCAGGCUGAAUAUUACAACCCUUGCCAGCUCAGACUGGAACCUUCGGCUUCAGACUGAAAUUGCUCAAGAGACAGCACUAUCCUUGAGCCUAAUCUGGAUCAGGAAGUCAUUCCAGAAAAUGUCCAAAGAAAAUACUCUGGAUGGUAGCGUAACGUAGGCAGAGACCUAGUUGUAAACUUUCUCAAGAUCCAGAUCAAUAUUUUGAUUGUUUUACCCGCUGAAUAAAAUAUCUGAUUGUGACAGCCAUUCAGAUAGGCCUCUGCUCUGUUGCUGUCUUUAAAAAAAAAAAGCCUUUAUUAAAAACAAUCCAGAAUUAAAAA